AUGUCCGACUCGACUGGAUUCGGCACUGGAGGGAAUUCUGACCUUCUCCUCGUUGGAGAUGGCACCACCGGCACACAGUGCAAUACGACGGACCCUAGUGCAGACCUAUCGGUUCAAUUUGCAUCGACACUCCAGCAGUGCGGCCAAUACACAUUUAGCGGCUAUUCAAAUGCCUCUGAGCGUGUCAAAAUUCAGGGGCUAAUUCCUGUUGGUUCGACCUUUGAUCUCGUUCCACCCGAAAACUCGUCUUCCUUCAAUUGGACGGUCAAUAUCGCCUCGGGAACGCGCGUUCUGUUCUUUAUCCAGGAUGAUGAUGGCAAACUCAGCAAAACAUCUCCUAUAUUGAAUGUCGGAGGGAAUGGGAAUAGUUCGUGCAUCGACGACGAUUCGCCUCAUUCGACGGUCUCUUCCGCCACUCAGGAGCCGACAUCACCUACCGCUACCUCGUCACCGAUGCCCACAGGUGGGUCGCCCUCGGACAAUAACGGCGCUAUCAUCGGAGGUGCGGUUGGCGGAGCAGUACUGUUUCUAAUCUUAAUUGGAAUAUUGGUAUUCUUCCUAAUGAGAAGAAGUCGACGCUCCCUCAAGAAAUACAACAAGAGGCGAGCCCGUGAUGGACCAGAUGGCAUGCGUGCAGUUGAUCUAGCGCCGUCGACACCGAAUCUACAUACAGAAAACCAUCAAUUACCUCCCAUGGCGUUUGAGCCUGAACCCUUCAUCUUGCCUCCGCCUGGAAGCAGCAGUGGAGGGCGCAACGAUGCGCCACUCUCGCCUACCUCGCACACCAGCACAUCCCAUCAACCAAGUUCGGGGAACCGUACAUCCGCGCAACCACCUCCGGGGGCAUUUGGGCACAUUCGAAGUCCCUCUCAAGGAACCGCACUCACUGCAGCAUCGGCCAAGGCCGCCAUGGCUGGUACCAGUACACAAGGUGCCGCUCCACGGCGAUUCGUGCUGCAUACAGAUGCCGGGUCGGUCGAUAAUCUGAACUCUAGCACGGUCGAGCUUCCCCCUACGUACAAUGCCGCAGCCGGUCAAGUGGCUCCUGCAUCCGACGCCCCAAAUCUAUACCCGGGAUCGCAAAAUGAUACGACGCCGAGUUCUGGUGUGGGUGGACACUCGCCGUCGGCAGAAAACGAGGCGAAUCGGAAUACAUCCUCUUCUCAUCUCACUGCUCCUCACACCUGA